AUGUGGGGGGAAUCAUUCCAUUGGUUCUAUGGCUUUUUGAAAGACGAUCAAACCGGAAAUGAGGCGGUGAAGAUGCCGCGUCGUUUAUUUCCGGCGACGCGUGUUCCGAAUUCCCGCAUUCCUAGGACCUGCUCGAGGGAAGGACAGCAAAUUGUAUUUCUCUUCUACGAAAAUGUUUUGAAAGAGUUGGAGCAGAAGAAGCCGCAGCUGGAGGAACUGGUUUCAACCGCCGAGAGUUUGAAGUCCCAUGCAAACCGGCAACAAUUGCACGGAAAAGUUUGCCGGUUGAGAGAGCAUUGGGAAGAGACGAGAGCUCGUGUCGAGUCACGCAAAAGAGAGCUGAAUGAAAUGCUGACUGUGUGUCGUCGCUGGGACGCCGUUCGGAGGGAUGCGACGGCCUGGGUGGACGCCAUGGAGCGCCGCCUUCAACAGCUGGGCCCUGUUGCGCACUCCUUGGACGCCCUGGACGCUCAGCUCAAGGAUCAGAAGGGAUUCCACGGGGAAUUGCACCAACAUCGGCCAAAAUUGGACCAGUUGAAUCAGUUGUCGCAAAGCCUGGUUGAAUCGUAUCCGCAAGAUGACACACGAUACGUCAAGAAAGUUACCGAACAACUCAAUCAUCGUUACGGUGUUUUGAACUCUAGUGCCGUGAAUCGGGGGAAAUCGUUGCAUGCUGCAGUGAGUUCUCUGCACUCUUGGGACAAGACUGUGGAUAAGUUUUUGGCCUGGCUGUCAGAGGCCCAGUCGACACUGACGUGUGUGGAGAACGAUCCUGACGCGACGCGAGCCAAUGCGCAGUUCAAGACUCUCUACGUCUUCCGAAUGGAAUGA